AUGGCGGCCGGCGCAGGUACGGCGCCGAGUGCCGCGAGUCCCGGACGCAUCUCGCGCAGUGGUGGACAGGGCUGGGUGGCGCUGAAUGAGAGUCCCGGACGCAGUGGUGGACAGGGCUGGGUGGCGCUGAAUGAGAGUCCCGGACGCAGUGGUGGACAGGGCUGGGUGGCGCUGAAUGAGAGUCCCGGACGCAGUGGUGGACAGGGCUGGGUGGCGCUGAAUGAGAGUCCCGGACGCAGUGGUGGACAGGGCUGGGUGGCGCUGAAUGAGAGUCCCGGACGGAGUGGUGGACAGGGCUGGGUGGCGCAGAAUGAGAGUCCCGGACGCAGUGGUGGACAGGGCUGGGUGGCGCAGAAUGAGAGUCCCGGACGCAGUGGUGGACAGGGCUGGGUGGCGCUGAAUGAGAGUCCCGGACGCAGUGGUGGACAGGGCUGGGUGGCGCUGAAUGAUAGUCCCGUGUGGACAGGGCUGGGUGGCGCUGAAUGA